AUGCUUUUCUUACAAACCUGCUGUCUUCUUGUUCUGCUUCUUCAAAACAUGGUUGAUUCUGGGCAUAUUUUGAGAAAAAUCAAAGAGCGUGCACGAGAUUUCCAGCUGCAGAACAACAAGGAGUUCCUCCUGAACCUCAUCACCAGCGGUCAUCAGCCUUUCCAACAGGUCAAGGAGGCCUGGAUUCAUCAGCCGCUGGACCACUUCAACCGACAGGAUGUGAACACCUUUCCUCAGAGAUUCUUUGUGAACGAGGUAUACUGGCAGCGUCCUGAUGGUCCAGUGUUUCUCUUCAUUGGGGGAGAAGGGCCCAUCUAUGAGUUUGAUGUUCUGACAGGUCAUCAUGUUGCCAUGGCUAAAGAACACGGCGCCCUGCUGCUGGCUGUGGAACAUCGUUUCUAUGGCAACAGCAUCAACCUUGAUGGGCUAAAAACGGAGAACUUGGUUGACCUGAGCAGUCAGCAAGCGCUUGCUGACUUGGCUGUUUUUCACCAGUACAUCAGCGAGAGCUUCAACCUGAGCUGCAGGAACACCUGGAUCAGCUUUGGAGGCUCGUACUCUGGAGCUCUGUCGGCCUGGUUCAGAGGAAAGUUUCCCAGUCUGGUGUUUGGAGCCGUGGCCUCUUCGGCGCCAGUCAAGGCACAGCUGGACUUUUCUGCCUACAACAAUGUUGUGGGUUUGAGUCUGAUGAACGAGGCAGUCGGCGGCUCAGAGGAGUGUCUGGCUAAAGUUCAGGAGGCGUUUGUUCUUGUCGAAGCGGCGCUGACGAGUGGAAACUGCAGCCAGUUGGCCCAAGACUUUGGAUGCUGUCAGAUCCCCAAGAAUCCCGAUGAUCAGGUGGAGCUGAUGCAGAACUUGGCUGACAUCAUAAUGGGAGCCGUGCAGUAUAAUGAAGAGGGGGUGCUCAUGUCUAUAAAACAGCUCUGUGAUGUCAUGACCAACUCCAGUGAUGAAAACGAAGCAGAGAUGGGCACCUACAAUGGGCUUGUUCAACUCUCAAAGACUUACCGCUUCGCCACUGAUGAGCCAUGUUUAGAUGUUUCCCAUGAGAAAACCCUGAAGGAUCUGAUGGACACUUCUCUCCACUCCAGCAGAACAGCAGAGAGACAGUGGACCUACCAGACCUGCACUGAGUUUGGCUUCUACCAGACCUGUGAGGACACAACCUGUCCCUUCUCUGGGAUGUUCACCCUGCAGACUCACACUGAACUCUGUGCCAAGGUGUUUGGGAUUUCCCAGCAUUCCCUGCCUACACGCAUCGCCUUCACGAACAGCUACUAUGGAGGAGACGACCCGCAUACCCACAGGGUUCUGUAUGUCAAUGGAGGAGUUGACCCGUGGAAGGAGCUGUCAGUGCUCCAGGUCAGGAGUGAGGAUGCUGAGGAUCAGACGGUUUUCAUUCAGGACACGGCACACUGUGCGGACAUGGCGAGCCCAAAACUCACAGACCGACACUCCCUCAGGAGAGCGAGACGGGAGAUUGAGCAUCGUGUUGCCAGCUGGUUGAGGACGGCAGCUCUGGAGAGGAAUAAAAAACGAGCCGAUUCCAUCAAAACCUGA